GAGCAAGCCAGCUAGCUAGGAAACCCUUAUACAGUUACACCUAUCUCCUCCCUCUCUCGCUCUCGACCUGCGACGAAGCUCUUGCUACGUACUGUCUUGGGAAGCAUUUGCUGACUCCUGGAUUUUCUAGCCCAGGCCUCUGGAAAAGUUAGAGCCAACCCUCCAGAAUGGCAUCGACGGAUCCCACUCCCAACACUUUGACAAAACACGACGACGAAGUAAAAAAUCUGUCAAAACACGACGAAGAAGCCACAACUCAUGACUGGAAUGAGACAUUCCGGGGUAUUGCCCGACAAGGAGAUUCGUGUGCCUUAUAUGAAACAUUAGACCGCGCCCCAGACAUUUUGAAUCAAAUCGAUAAAAUCCAUCUUGUCCAUACUCCUCUGCACGAAGCCGUGGAGGCCAGACAGACCUAUUUCGCCAUAGAAAUCUUGACCUUAAAGCCAUCACUUGGUAGGAAGUUGAACACGCAUGGGCAAAGUCCCUUGCACCUGGCAGCUCUGUGUAAUAGAGAAUUGGCGAAACGGCUCAUCAAAUAUGACCGUGAGCUCAUCCGGGUACAAGGAAAGGAGCGGAAAACCCCUUUGCACUGCGUAGCUGAAGCAGGUGACACCGAUCUCUUGGCAGAGUUUCUCUGUGCUUGUCCAGAGUCGAUCAAGGACUUGACGAUUCGAGAUGAGACCGCCUUACACAUUGCCGUGAAAGAGCAUAACGUAGCUGCUUUUAGAUUGAUAUUCGAGUGGAUCUGGAGGAGCUACAAUGGCGAGUUGCUGAUAUGGAAGGAUGAAAACGGCAACACUGUGUUGCAUAUUGCAGUGUCCACCAAGCAACACGAGGCAUGUCGAUCAUCUCUUUGCUUUUGCUUUUGCUUUUCCAUGACAUGA